AUGGCCGCAUACGACAGGAAGCAGCCGGACGACAGCUUCGCGAGGGGAUUUCAUCUUUCGAAAGAUCACUUGUAUACAUUUUCAGCAUGGCUGCAGCUGAGUGAGGGAAGAGACAUUGUCCAGGCUUUUGUGAACACCUCCGGUCCGAACCGAUUAAUCGUCGGCUCCGUGGUGGCUAGAUCGGGCUGCUGGAGCAUGCUCAAAGGAGGCUUCACUGUUGAUCAAAACAUGAAGACUCAGCUUUAUUUCAAGAGCAAUAAUACCAAAGCUGAAAUAUGGAUCGACAGUGUGUCGUUGAAGGGAUUCACGAGAGGGGAAUGGCAACAACAUAGGAAAACAAAGAUUGAUGAGUUUCGGAAGCGCAGGUUGCGAAUCCAUGUCACAAGCAUGGGGAAGAACCUCGACCGCGUAAAUGUGACCAUCGCCCAAAUGAGAACACAAUUCGCGAUCGGCUGUGGCACGACAGCCAGCAUCCUAGACAACAAGGACUACCAGACAUGGUUCGUCCGGCGUUUCCAGGCGGCCACAUUCGACAACGAGAUGAAAUGGUACUACACGGGAGCCAGCCCGGGUAAAGAGAACUACACGGACCCGGACGCCAUGGUGUCCUUUUUCAAGAAACACAAGAUCGAUGUGCGAGGCCACACCAUUCUCUGGGCGAACCCGAACAUGACUCAGUCUUGGGUCCGGUCCCUGACGGCCUCAAAGGUUCGCGAGGCGGCUAAACGGCAUGUCAGGUCUGUCGUCACGAGGUAUUCGCACGAUGUAAUAGCUUGGGAUGUAAUGAACGAGAAUUUGCAUUUCUCUUUCUAUGAGGACAAGCUCGGGCCGAAUGCUUCCUCGAUGUUUUACGGGAUGGUUCGAUCCCUGGAUUCGAAGAAUCCCCUGUUUUUAAAUGAAUACAACACCUUGGAAUUCCCCCUGGAUUCGAAGGUUAUCCCGUCCAGGUAUGUCGAAAGGAUCAGGGAGAUACAAUCAUUUCCAGGGAAUGAGAACAUUUCCCUGGCGAUAGGAUUACAGGGCCAUUUCUCACCGCCGCCAUCGCUGUCUUACAUUCGUGCCGCCAUCGACAUUCUCAGCGCCACCGGGUUGCCGAUCUGGCUGACGGAAUUGGACACCAGACGCGGCCCGAAUCAGGCUGCGGAGCUGGAGGAAGUAAUGAGGGAGGCAUUCGGGCAUCCCGGCGUGGAAGGAAUCAUCGUAUGGGGAGGAUGGAAGCCGACAAACUGCAACCGGACAUGUCUGGCGGCGGAGCACAAGACCAGCGCCGACAGGCUGCCUCAUGGCUGCGCCGAGAUGUGCCUGGUGGACGAGAACCUACGCACCCUCCCGCCGGGGGAUGUCGUCGACAAGCUCCUGCAAGAAUGGCGGACGACCAGCCUGUCCAAGGUCACCGGCAAGGAUGGAACGGUGGAGGAGACGGUCUUUCUUGGAAAGUACUCUGUUCGAUUCUUUCAUCCCCAGAUUCCGGCGGGUCGUCCCGGAAAAAAGAUUGUCGUAACGCCGGGGAAAGACCCGUUGGAAGUCAAUGUCGAAUUGUAGUCGAGAAUAUUUAAUUAUCCCAUCUUUCGAAUAAAAGGGGUUUAAUUAUUAGAGGAUUUACAAUGGUCCACGGUCAACUCGGGACUUGGUGAAGAGUCUUGGGUUUGACUUUCAAGGAAGUCAAAAACAGGAGGCGGAAGGAAUUGAAUAUCGAUCGGCUAUCGAGUAGCGAGAUGGAAAAAUCAACGGUCAGGAUUGAAUCCAACAUAUCCGACGGG